AUGGCAAGGCGUCUGGCUACGAACCAGAAGAUUGCGCGCUCUGGGCUCGGCGACCCUGGCCGAGCGACUGUGUUCUUAAAGUGGUGGCCCAAUUAUGCUGUAGCGCAGAAAAUGCAGCUGCACCCAGGUUAUCACGCGUGCCGUACCUCGAACAGCGAGAACCGGCCACCGAAUGGCAUCAUGAUUCCAGCCUUGUACACAAGUGACUGA